AAGCAAGUCGACGAAGAGCGCCAUCACUUCAAUCAUGAUUCGCUGAUAGAGAACAUGGUUAGUGUGUUUAUUUAUUGUGUAUUUGGAUAAUGUAUAAGCACUUUUUACACUUCUAAAUUAAAACAUGGAUUACAAUAUUCAACAGACGACCGAGAAGAGUUUUAUCGAGGAUAAUUAGCAGAUUUAUACAGUUUAUCGGAUAUUUUACAUAGUGGCAAUCUCGUAUUCCAUUCAUAUUUAUUGUGAAUGUGAAGAAGCCAGUUUGAUUUUGUGAUUUAUAAAUAUAUACGGCUUCAGUUUUGAUUAUACCUGUUUCUAUUAUAAACAUCAACAUGGACACUGGAAUAGCAAUCGAGAAAGAGUGUGGUGCCCUCGGUGGAUUGUUCCAAACCAUCAUAAAUGAUAUGAGGGGCAGCUCACCGGUAUGGGAAGAUUUUACAUGUAAAGCUACAAAACUAAAUUCCACAUUAAAAACAACUCUUCUUGCUAUCAGUGCUUUUCUAGAUGCUUUUCAAAAAGUUGCUGAUUUAGCAACAGGAUCUAGAGGUGCAACAAAAGAAGUGGGAAGUGCUUUAACCAGAUUAUGUAUGCGACACAGAAGUAUAGAGAGCAAACUAAAAACGCUCACAAGUUCUGUUAUGGAUGGUAUGGUUAUGCCAUUACAAGAAAAAUUAGAAGAUUGGAAAAAAGUAGUUGUACAGUUAGAUAAAGAUCAUGCAAAAGAGUACAAAAAAGCUAAACAUGAAAUAAAGAAAGCUGCAUCAGAUACAAUGAGAUUACAGAAAAAAAUGAAGAAAGAUGGCUUAAAUAUUUUUACAGGUAAGAACGAUAUGCAGAGUAAAUUAGAUCAUGCCAUGCACGAUGUUAAUGAGAAAUAUAAACUAUUGGAAUCAACAGAAAAGAAUGCAUUAAGAACAGCACUGGUAGAAGAAAGGGGCAGAUUUUGUUUAUUUAUCAGUUGUAUUAAGCCUUUUGUGGACAAUGAAGUGGCACUACUCACAGAGAUUACACAUUUACAGGAAAUCAUGCAGAGUUUAUGUCUGCAGGCCAGUGAUCCUCAAAAUUUGCCAGCCUCUAGUGAACAAGUAAUUACAGAUAUUAAAGGAAUUGAUGCUAGUACCUUUAAUCUAACGGCAAAAAAUCAUCACCAACAUUCUCCUCCAAGUUCUCCAAGUUCUCUAGGUUCCAGGAAGUCAAGUAUGUGUAGUAUCAGCAGUAUCAACAGUUCAUCUAGUGGUUCUCUGAAAUCUCACUCACACUCUCCUAGCCAUAGUUUACGAGUUCGAAAUAUAUCCCAGCAUUUGCCAGUGGGAACCAUACGUCUCACAAGCGUGUCAUCCCAAGAUUCUGGAUUCACCUCGCAGGAUACAUUGUUUUUACGACCAACCACACCCCAAUCUUUAAACCUAUUUCAGAAUAACAAUUGUUCAGAUAAAGACAGUAAUGGUACUGAUACACCUGAACAAGAAACACCAACAACUCCAAAUGAGCAUCUUGCCAGUACACCGUCUGCUAAUUCAACAUGGAAUAAUUGGCCAAAUCAGCCUGCCGCUGCUGCAGCUAAAGCAGAUCCAAAUCGUCCUCACACUAUUUCUUCUGCCUAUGAAAAAUCUCAUAAUCGGCCAGCCUUAAACAAAGAACUGUUUGAGCCUCUUCCAGAAGCUACAGUAGAACUGCGGAAUGACCCAUCCAAGAAAGGUCCCGGACGCUCCCACAAUUCAACUCCCUCUCCGUAUGCCCGACCUAGUUCUGCAACAAUCACUAAGGUGCAGCCAGUGCUGCCACCCCUUGGACCCAAGCCGAAACCCAAAGCUGUCUCCUGUCCUAGAGUUCCAACAGGUCCACAGCCAAUAUAUGCUAAUACAGUUGACUUAGCUCGCAUGGUGGCUGAAAAACGGGAGGAACUAGAAAUGAUGGAAUCUCCGGAAAGUGAACGUGGUCCGACACCACCCACACCUUCAAAUGCAUCUCCUGGUGAUAUGUUGGACCUACAGGCGGCCAUUAGGAGCCUUGAUAGUUGUACAGCAGCUCUCCAUACUGAAUAUCAGUCUUCGGAAUCUGAUCUCGAUUCACCGCAAAAACCUACAAAAAAGAUGCAGCAGAACUCGAUGGAGUUAGCUCAAGCAAUUAGAGAGUUGGAAGAGAGUACAGCAGCUCUAGAGUCAACAUACGAGCCUGCUACAGCCAGUAGUUAUAAUGCAAGUCAUGCAUCAUUACAGUGUUCGAGUGGUUAUGCCACUAUGAAUAGUACCCCAUCAGGUUCAGAAGAUACUAUACCGUCUGGUGAUUUUGAUUUGAAUUCCGUGACAGUUGAUACAGAAUAUAGAUAUUUCACCAUUCCUCGUAGCGGCCCUAUCAAUGAAGCUUUUAGAGCAGCUGUGGCUACCAAACGCCCAGCCUCUACUGCAGGAAUUCCUGUUACCAAUUCCAGAACAAAUAGUCUGAAGAGAGCUAAUGGAGCCAAUGCUGCUAAACCACCGCCACCUGUUAGAAGAAAUUCAUCCAUUAGUGGAUCCACUAAAAGCCGAUCAUCACCUCCCAAACAAAUGGGCCCACCCAUCACAGCACCCAAACCUCCAAAAGGAGGAAAGGUCAAUAAUGGUCAAACAGAAGGUCCAUAUGCAGAACUACAGUUAAUACAACAGAGUAUAAAACACAGCAAACAACAAAACAGACAACAGGGGGCACCACCCAGCUCUGUAGUAUCAACACCAUCUCCUGAUAGACUGAGUUCAGGUUCAUCAUCUACAAGUAGUUCACAUUACGCUAUAUCUAAUAUAGGUCCAGCUAAUGCCAGCAAUAGAAGUACCAAUCAGGUACAGAAUAUGAAUAUUCAGUUUGCUGCUAUGAACAUGCAGCGUAAUGUGCCGAGAGGAGAGGAAAUGGAUUUUCCCCUUCCCCCAACUGAUGAUGAACUUAAAGAAAUCGAAAAGAUUUAUAGUAAACCACCUCCUCAGUUGCCUGCAGCUAGUGAUCUUGCAGGGUGUUUUGUUAAAGAAUUGAAGCGACGAGUGAUAGCCGAGGAUGGCUCGGAUGUAUAAUAUAUCUAUAAAACCCCAUUCCAGAUAGAGACUGGUUAUAUUCCAUAUAUUAUGAUUAUACAUAUUGAGAUUUCUAAUUAAUAGCUUAUUAUCAAGAACUUAAUCCCUAAUAUAUACUGUAGUCUGAUCCCUCAAUCUUUAUUUCUAUGUUUUUCAGUUAGCUUGUUUGGUUAGCUUAUCAUUCUACUAAAUCUUAUAUUUUAUUGUAAAAUAUCAUUUGCGCUUUCAUUCCCUUGUUUAGACUGUGCUGAUUCACUCUCCAUCUCAACUGACAGUUCAGUCUGUUCAGUGCUUUAUUUCAUUUGAGAUUUGACUAAAUUAAUCUGACUUCUAGGAUAUCUUGAAGAGGGGAAUGGAUCACUUAAUAGAAAUACUGUGUAUUAUUUUUUUUAGCCAGCAAAAUGUGAAUUACCAUUGAAUUUAAAUCCAUUGUACAGUGUGUUAACAGGAAUCAGACCACUGUGCUUGGAGGUGAUUUUUUUACAAUGAAAAAAGUUGCUUUCCUUAAUGAAUAUUCAUCUGAAUGUUUUAUAAUUUGUUUAACUUGAGUAAUGGUUCGGAUAGUUGCAAUAAUCUUAACAAUCGUUGAUCUCAUGGUGUUUGUAUCUUUGAAUACCUUUUAGCGAUUGAUUACUUCUAUAUUUUAAUUUGAGAACUAUAUAAACAGACGAUUUUAAUUCUUUUUUUAAAAUCUCAGAAAAGGUCAUAAUGUUGAUUAUUCUCAGAGAUGAAAUAUAAUUUCUCGUAACAAAAAGAAUUAUAGAUAAAUAUUUGUUCUUAAAAGUUCAUCACAGUACAUUUUAGCUAGCACAAAGUAAACAAAAGAUUUAUUUGGGGUCGAAAGGGACCAGGGGUUGGUGAGCAAAUGGUAAACGUGGUAUUACAAAAGUAACAACUGUGUUUUAAAUAAAGUUUGUAAACAGCAUAGUAGAAUUAUUCUCUAUUUGGUCAGAAGUCAGAACCCUAAAUUCUGAGUGUAAUAAUGGCAUCAGUUCAUAAUGUGCAUCAUUGAAUUUUCGUACAUCUUUUCGUUUUUUUAAGUUUGUUUGAUGUUGUCAUUGUUCCAGCAUGGCAGCACGAACCAAAGGCAUUAUAUCUGUAUGUAUAUUGAAGUCCUAUUUCUAGUUUGAUUAUUGUGAUAAAAUUAAAAAAUAAUGGUCUCAAAUGUAAGUUUAAUAUAAUAAGCAAGAUAGUACUAUAUGGACCAAGAACUUAGCAUGACAUCAUCGCCACUGUCUUGGAAUUGUGACUUCUUAUAAAAAUCGAAGUCUGUCAAUCGCUGUGCAAUUGUCCAUGGAACAUGCAUGCCAAGUUCAUGUCAAUCAAAUUGUACUUGAAUUGGCAGAGCCUAAGGCUUUUAUGAUGAAUAGCACUUGAUGGAAGUGCAUGUAGAACAGUUCUAGAACCAACUAAAAGUCUUUAUUCCAAGAAGAUACAUAUAAUUUCCAGAAAUUGUCAGAUGUUUUUGGAUUUGUUUUAUCAUAUUAAAGUGGAAUACAAUGAUUUGUUUGGUGUGUUAAGCUAGAAAUAGGCCUUUGAAGUGGUAAAGCGUUGCUAAAUAUAUAUUAUAAACAUAUUAUUAAUGUAUCCAUUGAUUAUAUACAGGAUGAAUAAGACCACCUGAUGCUAAUAUAUCAAGCUUAUGUGUAUUAACCUAUGCUGCAACAUAUAUUGUGAAUUGUUCGUUAUUAAUUAGUGGGAUAUGAAUGUAUUAUAUAAUUAAUGAGCUCAAGUUAUUUAGAAUCAUGAUUAUUAGGAGAUGAAGGAAUCUCUGUUUUAAACUGUAAAUCACAGGUUGUUUUAAGAACAUUUCCAUCAUGUUUUAACCGACCAAAUACUUCCACAAUAAUUAUAGUAAUAAUACCUCUCUCCCAUCCAUCAUUUAAUAUAUUAUUAUAUGUGACCCUUGAAAUAUUAUACAAACAUAUAUAUUUACACACAUCUAUAUGUUAUGGUUUUAUCUAAAACAUAUAUAUACCAAGACAAUAUCCGAUACAGGGUUUAUUCCAGAGGGUACAAUCUAUAUAUAGCAGUUAAAAUGUAGUGGAUGAAAUUUUUGAAUAUUUAAUUUGUUUCAAUUUGAUUGUAUUGUGUUUGGCCUGAUAUUUGUGCUUCAAUUUUGUUUUAGAGAUGAGGCAUGCAUUAUGGAUUGAAAAGUAUGUGGUGUUAUACUUUUACUUCUGAGAAAGUUAAACUGUGUAUAGACAUUAAAUAAGAUUUAAAAUAUCUUAUGAAAUUUUGUUUAAAAUGACACAUCUUAAUGGAUGAAUAUUUGCAGUCCUUAUAAUUUAUAGUGCUUAUUAUUAAGAAGGCUUAUAGUCAAACUCUCAUCUCUUGGUUAGCUUACUCUUAAAUAAUUUAUGUUUUUAUUUUUCUUGCCAUUAUUGUGUUUUAUAUUUUAUGUGAAAAUCAUUUAUUUAUGUAAAUAAUUUGUGUAUUUUAUUUUAUUUUCUGUCAGUCUGGGUAUAAAGAAAGUUGAGAAGUUUUAAAGUAUAUCAGAUAUAUAAAAUAAUAAUCCCAUGAUGGCUGAUUAAAAGUAACUGAUAUAGGAUCUGUCUCUUGGGGUGAGGUAAAACAAAAAUAAUUGUUUGGAGAUAUUGUAAUUAAUUAUAUUAAUAUCCAUGAUAUUAAUACUGGAUUGUAAUUACCUUAAUUAGAUAUUUUUCUCUGUGGGAUGUCAUGGACGUUUAUUGUUAAUGGUAUUAGAAAUAAUCAAAGUUAAUGUUUAGUUAUAAGUUUUGUAAAAUUCUGUUAGUGAUAAUGGUUAAAUGACAUACAUGAAUGGCCGUAUUUAAGUCUUUCAUAUAAUUUGUAGACAGAAGCUUGUCUAGUAUUCCAGAGUUAAAAUUCUUGAAUAAGACUAACAUAUUAUUUUACAUUUUAUAUAUCAAAUACUAAUGAUUCUGUGCUAUAAUGUAUUUAUGUUCUGACUAUUCAAUGUAAAAAGUGUAUAAAAUGUGCUUUUAUGUUCUUAUAUUAAUGUAUCUAUAUUAAGCAGGAUUUAAAGGGCAUUGUCAGCCUGUACACACACACACACCCACCUCCUACUCAGACACACAUACACAAAUUAACUCUAUAUUUUGGCUGUAUAUAAAUCACUUUGAUUGAAAUCCUUGUUUAGUAUACUGUAAGUAGUGUAUAUACAUCUUAUAGUCUCAUUUUAUAUCUUGUAGAAAUAUUCAGAAUUUUAUUUUCAAAUUCAGAUUCCAAGUUCUUAAUCUUCUGUGCACAAGCUUUUCUAAGUAAUUGAGAUGAAUCUGGAAUAUUCCUUGCUUAUAACCACAGAGUCGCUAGAGAAAGCUUAACUAAUAUUGAAUUGUACUUGGAAUAUGUGCAUGGGUCUUGCUUAAAAAUAUUUUGCAUAAUUAAAUGUUGGAACUCCUGUUCUUGUGAAUGGUAGAAUCAAAAAAAUCAAAGCAGGAAAUUGUGUUCAGAAAUUCUUGUGUACAUGAAAUAUCCAAUUGGCAUUUGAAAGACUAUGAAAACUGAGACAGUUUAUUAUUAUAAAUAACACUGGUCGUGUUAAUAAGAUCAUGAUGUACAAGAUUUUAUCUCUAAUAAAAGUAACCUUUCUUUC